UGCUCAGCAUCCCGGAAGUCCAGCAUCAUUUUCUCUUUCAGGAAGCGAGAGACGCAUCAUCGCCAGAGCUUUGUCAACAACGAGGAGACUGGCGAAAACAUCGGCCCGGCCGGCUGAAAUUUACUCUCUUUUGCAAGUGGAAAUCCAAUGAAAAGGACAAAUGAAGUGACCAACAGGAAACAAUGUCAUCAUUCCAGGUGGUGGACUCAUCGCCAGGCAGCAGUGUUAGCAUGAUGGAAACGUCCAACUUUGCCCAUGUUAUUUUCCAGAAUGUGGGAAAGAGUUUCCUGCCCCAGGCACCCUUGGAGUGUCGAUACACCCUGACCCCUUACAUAACUCCCCACCCCAAAGACUGGGUGGGCAUUUUCAAGGUGGGUUGGAGCACAGCCAGAGAUUACUACACUUUUGUUUGGUCUCCUAUGCCUGAAAACUAUGAACCGGGAAGUACUGUGCACAGGGCUGUGGUGUUUCAAGGUUAUUACGUUCCUAAAUCUGAUGGGGAGUUUUACCAGUUCUGUUAUGUCACUCACGCUGGUGAUAUCAGAGGAGCCAGCACGCCCUUCCAGUUCAGAUCAGCCACGCCCACCGAGGAGCUGCUGGCCGUCACUGAGGAUGACAGCAACUCAGACAUACUGGUCGUCACCACCAAGACUGGCCUGCUAGAGCGUGUGGAGGAAGCACAGCAGGAACGCAGGGAACUACUCAAGGCCAUGCGUCUCCUGCAGGAGGAGAAGCAACAGCUGCAGGAGGAGCAGAAGCGACUGGCCAGGGAAAGGGAGCAGGAGAGGGAGACAUGCUGCCUGCUGCGGACACAUAACCAGGAGCUGCUGCGCUCUUCGCAGGGCCUUUCAGAAGAGAGGGAGGAGGUAAGGCGAAGGCUGACAGAAGCUACAGACCGGGUACGCCAGCUAGAGGAGGACCUGCUGGGAGUCACCCAGAGGGGGCUGCAAAAGGAGACGGAGCUGGACUGUCUGCGUGAUCGCUUAAAGAAGCUGACAGCAGAGAGAGACAGUCUGGAGAGCCAGCUGAAGAAUGAGAAGGAUGAGAGAGAUCUUUAUAAGGCCCACCUGCGCAGCACAGAGCUGGAGAACACUAAGCUGAGUGCAGAGCUUCAGAUGUUGAAGGCGGUGGAGCUAAACCGGGAGGUGACCAUCGCUCAGUUCCAGGAGGAACUGGACAGGCUCAGGGCCUGCGUUGCCCAGCGAGAUAGCCUGGAGAAAGAGCUGCUGGCGCACAAAGCUGACAAAGCAGAGCUGGCCCGUGUGCGUGAGCAGCUCCGUCAGGCUGAGGAGCAGCUCCAGGCGUCCCGUCAGCAGGCCUCUCUGCUAGCCUCGGAGCUGCGUGACUCAGCCAGCACUCGCGACCACACGAUGACUGAGCUUUACCGCGCCCGCUUAGAGGCCGACAAGCUCCGUGCCAGUCUAGCUGAUGCCCAGGCCGAGUGCCAACGCAUGGAGAGCCAGCUAGACCGCAUGAGGAGCACUGCACAGAAGGAAGUGGGUGUUGGGACUAAUGGGGAUGUGACACCCAGCAUGAUUGUGGUGUCAGAGGCAGAGGCCGAGCUGCAGAGGGAAGUGGAGGAACUGAAGCUGCGUCUGCACAUGGCUGCUGAGCACUAUAAGGAGAAGUACCGGGAGUGUCAGCGCCUCCGCAGGCAGGUGGCCAAACUGAACACAGCAGAGUCCCAAGGGGAGCCAAAGAGAAAUGCAUCUACUGAGACGACACAGGAGCCACUGACCCCUAGUCCCGAGUCGCCUACAGGAGGAAAUAUAGCUGCUGCAGUCCUACAAGAAGCUGCUGAGAUGACAAUCACCCCAGAAGUCAGCAACAGGGAAGCCACAUAUGCUGAUGCCCAUGUGUACACAGAAAAGGAGGAACAGAAGAUGGAGAACGUGCUGAAGGAGAAAGCUGAGGCGAAGGCUGAAAGAGAAUCGAAACAAAAGGAUGAUAGGGAAGAAGACAACGAGAAUGAAAAAGAGGAGAGGACGGAGAGCCUGCCGGAGGAGAGCCUGAGGAUGGCAAGCUGGGGGGAGGUGGAGAACGAGAGGCUGGGCACUGAGGAGAACGGCGAGGUGGAAAGGGCACUGAAUGUAGAAGAAGAGAGGGAUGAUGUGGAGGAGCAGGGGCCGCUGGAUGUGGAAGGGAGUCGCUUGGGAGAAGCAGAGAAGGAGCAGACUCGCUCAGUGGAGGAAGAGCUGGCAAUGAUGGAGGAGAAAUGGAGGGAGCAGUGCGCAAUCAACGAGACACUCAAACAACGACUGGCCGACGAGGAGGGGCGAUUCAGAGUCCAAAUGGCAGAAAGAGCCAGUGAGGUCACCGAACUGAAACGCAACCUCGCCCAGGCGCUCAGAGACAAAGAACAACUACAGGAGCAGUUGCAGCAUUUUGUCUCCAGGCAGAGGGAGCAGGAGGUUGCAGUUCAGGGUGCUGAGGUCCGGCAGCCGAUGGUGCUGCGCUACCCCCUGCCCUACCCCCAGGAUCCCUCCCCUCCGCCACUGGUGCCGCAGAGGCCUGCUGAGCUGCAGUAUGGCAAUCCCUACUCCACUGACACCACAAGAGAUCGGGUGGAUGUUGCGCUGUCUCCUGAGCACAUGUCCCGCCCCCCACCUGAGGCUCCAUCCUGCACCCCUCCCUGCGCACCUCCGAUCACACCAUCUAGCCCGGGUCCGGCAGCACCGGGCUGGGAUCGAGAGGUGGUCUGCAUCCAACCUUCCCGCAGCACAAGUCCCCCCGAGAGCCUCGAGCUUCCACCAGAGGAGCCCCAAAAUGUGUGUGAGGGGGCUCAGCAGUCCUGUGAUCAUCAGCCCAACAGACGCAGUGAAACAAGAAGCAGCUUCUGCUUUGAUUCCAGUAGUGACGUUCACAAGCGCUGCCCGCUGUGCGAAGUGAUCUUCCCGCCGCACUUUGAGCAGCGCAGCUUCGAGCAGCACGUCGAGAGCCACUGGAAGGUGUGCCCCGUGUGCUCUGAGCAAUUCCCCCUCAACUGUCAGCAGCAGCUCUUCGAGAGGCACGUCCUCACGCACUUUGACGGCCACGUGCUCAACUUUGAGCAAAUCGAAUGAAGGGGUCCCGGCAUACUGUAUGGGUAAAUGUGUGUCGUCAGCUAUUAGAUCAUUUUGACUGGAGUUCAGUUGAUUUUUGUUGUUAACAUACAAUCAUUUGCACUUUUUUUUUUUUUUUUUUGCAACCAGAAAGUUUAAGAGAAUGUAGUCUACUUCUGAAAGGAAGCAGAGUUUGUAUUGAGGCUGCUAGUCCUCCAAGCUAUUUCGGUUUUUCUAGGGUAGCUUUCACAAUCAUUAACAUUCAGGAAUAGUGCCACAAUCCUUUGGUUUUGGAUCAUCUUUUCUUCCUCCAAGGGAUUAAAUGCACAAAUAUAUAUAUUGUGUUCCAAAACAAUUCACAGCCGCAAAGCUUGUGGAAGGAGGCUGAACUGGGACUCCGAGGGAAAGCAUCUUUAACUUCUCUGAACAUGCAUACACUAAGUGAGAAAUCAUCCAAGGCAGUGAAUCGUCCUUUAUUUGUCCACAGAGUAUGACACUUUGUAAAACGCAAGAGAUGAGCAUAGAAAUGCAGAGUGCAUAGGAAUAUGUGACAUCUUAAAAGAGUUGCCUGUGUGUGUACAUAAAAGUGAAGAACUGUGUGCUGGAGAUGAAAUAUUGUACGUAUGAGAUGGUUUUAAACAAAAACAGCACUACAUUUUCAUGUAUCUGCACUAAAUAAGGCUUUAUUCUGAAUGUACUGUACAUAAAUGAAAAUAAGUAUAAAUUGUGGCGAUACCUGUGAAUUAUGUCGUGAACCUGCCUCCCCUCAUUGUUACCUCCGUCAUAUUUAAAUGAAGACAGGACCAAUGAUGUUUUACUUCCUGGCGUGCACUUUCUGAUCUUAGGUCGGGCGUACGAAGCUGGGCUUAGGAGAUAACGAACCUCGUUUUAGGCAAACAGGUUUCCGGACAUGGGGUUAUGCUUUUAUGUAUUUUCAUGUUUUAAAGUCACAACUGUGCGGGGGGGGGGGGGGUCACAGUCUGUUAGCCCUCAUGACUGAAUGUCAUUUAUGUGUGUCUUCACGGGGCUUCGUUUCUGCUUGUUUAUUAAAUCAUUCUGUGUUGUAAUCAGGCUUUUAAAAAAUAAAUAAAUAAAUAAACGCACACGCCCACUAUUCACAAGACAAGUCUGUGUAUGUACAUCAUGUGUCCGACGCAGCCCUUUUCAUGUGAGAAUGGUUUCAGUGUGUGCUGCAAAGAUCUUUAUGAAUAAAGUCAGCUUGU